AUGUCAACCAAAAAAGCGAUCAAGUCGAUCAAGUCUCAGAUCGAGGAGAAGAAUCAUGAGACUGCUCUAUACGAGGCAACAGCGCUUCUGAAGUCGUUGAAGAAGGAGGAGCCCGAGGUACCUCAGGUAUUAUGUCUGCGAGGGUUGGCUUUGAACAGCUUGGAGAGGUCCGCAGAAGCCGAGAAGUGCUACGCCCAGGCAUACAAGAUUGCUCCUGGUCAUCCCCUGGCCACCACGGCCCUGACCAAGCUGUACGAGAAGCAGAAGGAAUGGGCAAAGCUAUGCCGCUUCCUUGAGACGAUCGUGCAGGAAACAUACAACUCAAACGAUCGAGAAGGAUGCGCCAAGGCAUUACAGCAACUGCUCGUCCUGCGCCAGCAACAUGGUCCAGAGGAUCGCCUCAUCGCUACACUGCAUCUCCUCUUACCCUCCUCGCCGCUGGUGCCUCUGAUACGCGAUAUCCCAGCUCCAGCGGGGACCUACACGCCCCUCGCAGCGCCGCUGUACCCACCGAUGAUCGCCACCCAUGUACCGACUCUUCCCUCCCCGCUACCACACGCCCUGCACCUCGUCUCUUCCCUUCCUCUCCUCAUGUACCUCUUGGUCCGACAGGAACAUCUCAUCCACACCAAGCUGGAAUCGGAUGUCAAGGCGGCUCGGAUGAAGCUGGGAAAGAAGAGCGAGAAGGAGACCAGGCGGGACGUGGAGUGCGACGUGCUGGGUGGGGAAUUAGGCAUGGAAUUGGUGGAACUGUUGAAGGAGGUCGCUGCGCACCCGAGCGUUGAGGAGAGCGUCAGGCGGGAAGUGGAGAUUAGAGAAUGCGAGUUCUGGCGGAAGCUGGUCGGUGUUCUGCCCGUCGAGUCUGCCAGGCCAGGGGCACCCGGGGCGAAAGCAAAGCCUACAAAAGCCACUGCGCCACCAUCGGAUGACAGCUCAAUCGACCUCCCGCCAGCUCCGCUCUUCGAGCAUUCUUCCCCGCCUAAACCUACAAAGGCCGAAGCGCUAUCCCGUGCCCAGGCACUCGCAGACGGCUUCAUCCUACUCAAAGUAGGCGGUCCCGCCGAGGCGUCCUACCAGUUCGCCCUGGACGGCCUGGACCAGGCAGACAUAUACUACCCUCUCGAUCUGCUGCACCAGUACGCGACGCUCUUUCCCGACAGCUCUCUCACUGCCUUCAUCGACGACUACUGUCGGUGGUUCAAGCUGCCACUUCCCGACCCGGAGGAGGAUGAUGUUGGCGAGAAUGCAGACCGUCCGGAUGGCUCAGCGAAGAAGGACGAGAAAAAGGCGAAGGGGCACAAGGCGUGGAAGAAGAAGAACGGGAUGAAUGCGAAGGAUCGAAGAAGAGUUAGAAGAACGGCUGGGAAGGAGGGCACCUUGGAGGAGGAUGUGGAAGGCGAAGAGAGGGAAGAGCUGGUGGCGUCGAUGACUAAAGUUCUGGACAAGCUGCCAACGUCGAUCUUCGCUCAUUGGGUGAUGGCUGCUAUCUCUGUGCACGAGGAGGACUGGGCAAAUGCUGUCGCGUAUGCCGAGAAGGCUCGGAUACUAUUGAGGGACCUUGAAGGAGAACGGGGCAUCUCUAUGCCAAUAACAAAAUCUUCACUCGACACUGUCCUCGGUCUUGCUCUCGUACCCUACUUUCCACCGAAGCACCACACUCGCGCGUCUCGCCUUCUCAACGGCGUCCUAUCGACCGAUCAAGCCAACACCGCCGCUCGCUUCGCCCGUGCCCAGGUCUUCCAGUAUGCUGGGAACUGGAAUGAGGCGAGGAAAAACUUCCAAAAGAUACUCGACCUCCCGGAACCCACCGAGGGCAGUAAUGUCCGCGAAGAGCAGCAGCGGAGAGUUGCGGCGCGGGAGGAAGUGGCAUGGUGUCUUGUCAAUGAGGGGAGUUUGGAGGGUGGACGGGAGAUUCUGGAAGCGAUUGUACAGGAACGGGAUGAAAAGUGGGAGGCGGAUGGGAAGAAGGAGGGUCAGGAUGCGCUCAUCCGAGCGAGGGCAUGGUGGAGACUGGGCAGGACCGAGUGGCUCAUCGGAGAUGACGAAGCCAAAGCCAACGCGGAAGAAUGGUUCUCUGCCUCCUUGCGCGCGAUGCCGACUUUCGCCCCUUCCUUCACCUCUCUCGGUGUGCUGUACGAAAGUGCCUCCCCACCCGACGCCGAGCGCGCCAUCAAGUGUUUCCAAAAGGCGUUCGAGCUGGACGCUACCGAAGCGGAGGCGGCGGAGAAGCUCGCUAGGGGCUAUGCGGAUGAAGACGAGUGGGCACUGGUUCGCACAAUCGCGAUGCGAGUUAUGGAGGGUGAAGGAGGAGUGGAGGGUGUGCGUGGCGGGGAGGUCCUGAGUGGCAAGGAGAGGUUUGCGCCGAAGAACGGAUGGGCCUGGAAAGCUCUGGGAUCGACCGAAAUGCACUACAAAAACUACGCCAAAGCAGCUCAAGCAUUCCAGAUCGCGCUCCGAGCAUCGCCGGACGACAUGUCACUCUACCUUCUCCUCGGCGAAUCCUACGUCAAGUGCGGUCGGCACGUCGCGGCUAUCAAGACACUCGAGAGGGUCCUCGAGGUGGACAGCACCAACUGGAUGGCCCGAUACGAUAUCGGAGACAUCCAGUACGAGCUCGGCAACUUUGACGUCGCCAUCACCGCUUUCGAGGAGCUCGUCCAUGAGAAGCCGGAGGAAAUUGGUGCUCUGGGCGGCCUGGCGCAGGCUCAGCUCGCGAUGGGAAGGAAGAUGGUGGAUGGCGGUUUCAGGGAGAGGGCUAGGACGGCCUUCAUCCAGGCCAUCCAGGUGGCGGACCGGGUCUUGAAGCUGGACCGGACCUGGCGGGCGUGGGGCUGGAAAAUCGUUGGUGAUGCGGCUUUCGAGGUUGGCAACCUGGCUGGCGCAAUCGACGAGGACGUAGCAGAGGCGGCAUUGAGAUCAGUCAUGGAGUGGCUCGUCAAGGACGAUGAAGACAAGCGGUCAACCGUUCCCGGCCUGGGUCAUCCCUCAACACUCCUUUCGGCGGCGGUAUCGGCCGAAAACUUUGUAUCCCGCUCGGCCGUCUUUGCGUUCGCCUACCGCUCCUAUCUCUUGCGGGACGAGCGGUCGAACGUGUCCAUGUCGGCGCUGUACGAUCUCGCCACCUCCCUGCAUGCCUUGUCGCAGCGGACAAAGGACGAGAAGGAGCGGAGGGAGCUGGUCAAGUCUGCGGUGACGACCAUUCGGCUGGCGCUGGAGAAGGACGCGGGGGACGAGAGACUGUGGAAUGCGUUGGCGGUGCUGUGUACGGACGGAGGGGAACAGGUCGCGCAGCACGCCUACGUCAUCUCGCUCGAGUUGUACCAGAAGGACCCCAUCACUUGGACUAACCUCGGCUACCUCUACCUCCGCCUUGACGAUCGAGAGCUGGCGAACCAGUGCUUCCUUAAGGCACAAGUCAUUGACCCAGACUAUGCCAAGGCGUGGCUCGGUCAGGGCUUGCUGGCGGAGCGGAACAAGGACAGGGACCACGCCAGGGGGAUCUUUGCCCAUUCCGUCACCCUAUCGGCCGGUGCUCUGCUCGAGUGUGAUCUUGCUGCGGCUGCCCUUAUCUUUGAGCGAUAUCUCACCACCCAAUGGCUCGAUAUCGGCGAGCUCCAUCAACCCGCCUUUGCACUCAAGCGCUACGUCCAGCAACGCCCCGCCGACUCUGCGGCCGUUCACCUCUAUGGUCUCAUCUGCGAGCGCCUCGGUCUCAUCGCAGAGGCCGUCAGUGCAUUCGAGCGGGCAACAACCCUCCUGGAGGAGGAGUUCGAAGCGACCGAGACUACCGCUAUUGAGAUCCGGUACUCUAUCGCUCUGGCCAACCUCGGCCGGGCCAGACUCGCGGCCAAGGCGUAUGACGAGGCGCUGUCAGCGUAUACCAACUGCUGGGAGCUCAUCGAGGGGUCGCAGGAGUCACAGGUGUCAGGCCUGAGGGUACAGGUCAAACUGGGUCAAGCGCUCGCGCAGUGCUGGCUUGACGAGACCGAAGCCAGUCUGGAGCUGUUCCAACAGUCGCUGGACGAGGCGGAAGGAAGUGGCGUACCGGGAUUGAAGGAGGAAGUGGCGGUGUUACUUGCAAGGACUUUAUGGGGUAUGGGAGCAGAAGGGCAGGAAAUGGCCAAGUCGCAUCUCAUGGAGUGUCUAUCUGGCGACUCCCCAUCACUCAAAGUCAUCGCCACCCUCGGCGCCAUCGCCAUCUCUACAUCGGACGACGACCUACUCGAAGCCGUCUCAUCCGAGCUCUCCUCCCUCCCUGCCCACAAACGCGCCGAGGACCGCGCCGACCUGGCCGGUCUCGUCUUAUCCACAAACUCUGUCAUUCACGGCGAAGUCGAGGAAGCGCUCAGCUCCUUGGCAACCGCCCUACAGACCGACCCCUGGAAUACCGAAAUCCGCGCCCGACUCGCCAAGAUGUAUUUGUCUACAGGUCAAACGGAGGAUGCCGCCAAUAUCCUCUUGAUGGAUAUGAGAGAUACGGAAGGGGCGCUGGUGGGACUAAGGGGAGUGAGCAGGGUCAUGAAUGUAGACUCGGAUGGAUUCGGAGAGGUGCAAAGGGGAGUGAGGGCGAGACCGUGGGAGGAUAGGCCGUGGGAGGAGUUGGGAUGGGCGAGGGGGAUCAUGCACGAGUCGGGGAUAGAGCUUGGAGGAGAGACCAAUGAGGCGAGGAUAGAGGCCGGAGAAGGGGCAAAGAAAGCAGAGCCACACGAAGAUAAGGAUGAAGUAGUGACGGAGAGAGAGAAGGAUGAGUGGUGGUGA